AUGGAGAACUCAACCCAAGUCAAGUUCUUUUAUCUCUUUGGCUUCAAAGAGACAUUUAUCAACAAAUCGGUCUAUUUUACCUUGUCUCUUAUCACAUACCUUCUCAUCAUCACUGUGAAUCUGACUCUGAUCCUAACAAUCAUUCAGGAGAAAGGUCUCCAUGAGCCCAUGUAUAUCUUUCUGUGUAGUUUGUGUGUCAGUGGAUUGUAUGGAACUGCUGGUUUCUACCCCAAGUUGUUAAUGGACCUUCAGUCAGAUGUUCAUGUGAUAUCUUAUGGUGGAUGUUUCACUCAAACCUAUGUAAUAUACACAUCUGUCAUGUGUGAACUUUCUACUCUAACAGUGAUGUCUUAUGACAGGUAUGUGGCAAUAUGCAGACCACUACUAUACCAUAACAUUGUGACACCUUUAACUAUUAGAAAGUUACUCUUAUUGUCUUGGUGUUAUCCUUUAUUUAUAGCACUCAUAGCAGUUAGUUUAGCCGUCAGACUUCCUUUGUGUGGAUCUCGCAUUGAUAAGAUCUUCUGUGACAUUCCGUCUAUACUGAAACAUGCAUGUUUACCCAUUACCAUCAAUCAGAAUUUGAACAAAUUUGCAGUAGUGGUUCAUGUUUUACAGAUACUUUUCAUUGUAUUCUCUUACUGUCAGAUUGUAAGGACUUGUGUAAAGUCAUCUAAGGGAAGGAUUAAGUUCACACAGACAUGUGUGCCACAUUUAAUAUCAAUGGUUAUUUUCAUCACAGUGACCCUGUUUGACACGUUGCAAGGGUGGAAUAGUAGUGUAAAUAUUACGCUCAAUAUGCGUAAUGCAAUGGCUGUGCAAUUCCUUGUUAUACCACCUGUCUUUAACCCUGUCAUAUAUGGACUUAACCUCCAGCAGAUUCGAAGGGCCAUUUUUAGAAAGUAUGUCCUGGAUGGCAGGAAGCUUGGCCCCAGUGAUGUACAGGGCCGUAUGUACUACAGCUCCACGGCUCCUGCUGAGUUGGCCGCCAUGCCUGGACUGGGCACCUGCACAGAGGAAGACAUCGGCCUUGGAGCGGAACUCGACGCCGUGCCUGGACUAGGCACCGGCAGAGAGGAAGGCUCCGGCCUUGGAGUGGGAUUUGACGACGUGCCUGGAUUGGGCACCGGCACAGAGGAAGGCUCCUGCCACGGAGUUGAGUUGGCUGCCGUGCCUGGAAUGGGCACCGGUGCAGAGGAAGACACCGGCCUUGAAGCUUGA